GCCCCCCCGUACCGAGACCGGAGGCCGAGGCGACGGCCGGGACGCGUGUAGCGCCGUUACGUCGACGCCGCCGCCACCACCACGACGACGACUACCGUCGGUGGUCGCCCAACACUAAAAGAACGAAAAAACAAAAAAAAUUAAACUAGUUCGUCAGAUCCGCGGGGUCCCGAUGACCCCGCCGACGAGCGGGGCCCCCAACGAACAGCGCCCCAGGAGCAGUAGAAGCACCUAGUGCAAGACGACCCUAUGCGACCAGACGAGGAGGAAGAGGACGAGGCAGAAAGACGAUUCCGAUAAAGGCUCUUUUAUCCUUUCAUCUUCAACGCACCAAAACUUCUACUCAAUCUAUUUUAGAAGACCACGCAUCGAAUACAAGUUAAAACACUUUAAAACAGUUAAAUUUAAAGUUUCAAUUUAAAAAAGAAGAAAAUAAAUUAUAGAAAUUAGUCGCCUGAUUUUAAUAGGGCGAAAGUUAAAAUCAAAUAAGGCGGAAUGCACGCAAAUGUGCAUGGAGCUGAUAGGAACGAGUGGCGACUUCCUCCGGAUGAAACGCUUCAGGUCGCCGACCCAAAAGCGAAGAAGGCCGAGGUAGGUGAGGAAGAGGAAUUAGCAUACCAAGCUGAUGAAGGUCACAAUUGGUGGUCGAUAAUUUUUUCCCUAUUAGUAAUCGGUCUGGUUGUAACCGGUAUAGUAAUCGCCAUCUACCUCUUAGGCUACGUAGACGAACUUUUAUACUGGCAUGGAAAACGUAUGGACUUGGACGAGUACCUGCAGGGAAACUUGAGCCCCAGGAAGCUACCUCCUUCUUGGAUCUCCGACACCCACUUCGUCUUUCAGGAUGACAACGGCGGUUUAGCUGUCUUUGAUACUACUAACUUCACCGUGUCGCUUCUAGUUACUAAUCACACACUGCGGCAGCUCGACGUCAGGGGGUACCAGUGCUCCAGGGAUUUGAAAUUCGUGCUCUUCCAACAUAAUAUUAAAUCAGUUUUCAGACAAUCGUACACAGCCUACUAUACCAUUUACGAAGUCAGCAACGAUCAUCAGAUACCGCUGCGCCUUGCGUCCGCUUCGCACGCGCAGUUCCAAAUGCUGCAGUACGCGGCAUUUCUCGGAGACACCACACAAAUCCUUAUAGUGUACGAAAACGACAUUUACAUCCGUCAAUCACCUACGGAACUUGAAGAUACCAGAUUAACCUUCACCGGACAACCAGAUAUCGUAUAUAAUGGAAUACCCGAUUGGCUUUAUCAAGAGGAUGUCCUGAGCACGCCCGAGGCACUCUGGAGUUCACCGGAUGCUACGCACCUGAUUUACGCGACCUUCAACGAUACCAACGUCGGAACCGUGACCUUCCCUUGGUUCCCUACAGCGACAGGCUUGGGGGAUAGCGUUGGGGCACAGCGGGUCUCCAAUUUCCCGGGGGCCCGAACCGUUCGAUAUCCCAGGCCGGGAACUCCGAAUCCAACCGUUCAACUUUGGGUCGUAGAUAUCAGCAAUAUGACGGACGUGAAGCAGUACGAAGUUUCGCCGCCGAAGACGCUUCAAGACCAGGACUACUACCUGACGUCGGCCGGUUGGCUCGGCCAGAAUAACACGCAAGUGUCAGCGGUCUGGAUGAAUCGGGCACAGAACUUGAGUAUAGUUUCAGCAUGUUUGGCGCCUAACUGGACCUGUGUGGAGACUCAUGUUGAACGAGCUACGGAAGACAACUGGCUCGAUAUUCAAGAACAUCCGCUAUUUUCUCCCGAUGGGGAUAGCUUCCUGUUCCUGGCGGCCGUUCAAGAGGGUGCCACCGAGAUCUUCACCCAUAUAAAGCACAUAACCCUCACCCAGCAGAGGAUUUCGAUCCUCAGCCACGGGAAGUACGAGGUCACGAACAUAUUGGCUUGGGAUAGUGUUCGCCAGCUGGUUUAUUACUUGGCGAGCGAAGAACACAAACCCGGACAAAGACACUUUUACGUGAUAAACAAAACGGAACCGUAUUGCAUAACGUGCGAUUUAGGUACAUUUUUAUGGAGCAGCAGAUAUUAUUAUAGCAAUUGCACUCAUUUUAACGCACUUAUAAGUCCUCAAACAAGUUCGGGCAUGUUGUACUAUGUCCUCCAAUGCGAGGGACCCGGUCUUCCAUUAGCUGGCGUGCAUAACGCCUCAAACCAUAAACUACUGCGGAUCCUGUACGACACGAGGCCACAACAAGGACCGCAACUACGGCAAAUCGCAUUGCCCAAGCAAAGAUCUCUCGAGGUGCCUUUGCCCCAAGGUAGUAGGGCGCAAGUUCAACUAUUGUUACCGCCGAGCUGGCGUGAAGAACUCAGGGACGCCGCUUACCCAGUAUUAGUCGAAGUAAAUGGUCGGCCUGGUAGUAAGGCGGUAACAGAAAAAUUUAAAAUCGACUGGGGCACGUACAUGUCGAGCCACUGUGAUGUAGUGUACAUAAGACUUGACGUGAGAGGUUCGCGUGGCCAAAGCAACAGAGCUUUGUAUAGACACUUGGGCGGAGUCGAAGUGCAAGAUCAGAUCGCGGUGUUAAACGAGCUACUCAAGAUCUAUUCGUUCCUCGAUCAAUCGAGGGUAGGACUUUGGGGUUGGGGAUAUGGGGGAUACGUCACCACAAUGGUUUUGGGUACUCAACAGAAAAUCUUUAAGUGUGGUAUAGCGGUUAGCCCUGUAACAGACUGGUUAUAUUACAAUUCUGCCUUUACCGAACGAAUACUAGGUCUACCGUCUGAAAAUUAUAAGGCCUACGUUGAAUCGGACGCUACUCAACGAGCGAAAAACAUUCCCCAAAAAUCACUUUUUAUUCUUCACGGUCUCGCCGAUAUUACAGCUCCAUAUCAACAUGGUAUUGCUAUGACCAGAGCCUUAACUGAAAACAACAUCUUAUACAGAUAUCAGAGUUAUGCAAAUGAAGGUCACCUAUUGGAGGGCGCAUUGGAGCAUGUCUAUCGUUCGAUGGAAGACUUUUUUCAGGAGUGCCUUAGUCUGGAUACGGACGACCCGAGGGCUCCACCGGACACCUGAGACUCUCUGAUGCGUCGCCUGAGCGCGCGUUUCCGCUUCCUAAUACCGGCCGCGUUACGGACAUCACGACGCCGAAGACGUCCCGAAAACAUCGUCGCGAACACUAUCAUUACUUCCAUCUCGAUUUCCACAACAACUAAAUCCAUUAGCACUACCGACGCUUAGCCUUCUUAGCGCCCCCCAAAUGAAGAAUCAGAGCUCUAGUGCUACGAUUAAAAAUAAAACAAAAUUGUCUUAAUUAAGCCUAAGCUGAACUAAAUUAUAUUUAAAUAUUUCUAGUGAUUGGAAGAGCAACAAAAGAACGAAAAACGUUUUCUUUUUUUUAGUAAAAGAUAAAAGUAAAAAGAGGUGCGUGUAGAAGAGAGAACUGGAGCCCCCUUAAAAAUUUAUAGUUGAACUAUGAUCCUUAGAAAUUAUUAAUCGCUGUUUACUGUUGGAACUGGACUUUAAAUUCCUUAAAAAAUAAAAGUAAAGAUAUCUUCUAAGAAAGAAGAUUUGCGACGUGUAUCUACCGUUUUCUGUAAUACUGUGUAAUUUAAAAAAAAAUCUGUAUUA